GGGUGUGAAACUAAAGCGGUAACUGUGGUCAGAGUGUGUGAUGAGUGAGGAUGAAGAAGAAGGAGUGGGAGAAUGGAGACAGAGAAACAGGCUGUUUGUUUUUAUUUGCUCUCUCGUGCACGCGUACAUUCAUGCAUCCGCCCUGCUCCUCUCUUCCCAGGUGGAGGGACGAUGACGCUGGUUGCCUGACUAUCUCCCCUCAUUAUCAUUCUCCCACCCCCUCCAUCCCUCUCCCACUACAGCUGGAUAAGCCAGCCGCUAACCGGCUCGACUCUCUCCUACAGAACAGGGAUUUGAAGAUUGCAUCCUCACAUUUGUAAUCAGAUGUAGGGAAGGAUUAUCUCAAGGUCUCCUCCAUCUUGUUUACAGCCGGGGGGGUUGCUGAGACAAAGGAGAUAGAGCAGAGGGAUUGCAUGCAACUCAGUGAAUGGAGUGUAGUUAAAGAUAGAGAGAGAGGGGAGAGGUCACCUGUGGAUGUGAGGAGAGGGAGGAGGAGGAGGAGGAAGAGAAUGAGGGCUUCCUAAGGAACUGCACCCAUCACCCGACACAUCCGACAAGAAAGAGAAAAAGAUAGGCUCAGCAGCAAGUAUCUCACUGUGAAAGGUUUUCCAUGGCAGAUGCCGGGCGUCCUGUGUCAGAGCAGCUCCCACUAGGGGUCGCUGCUUCCUUGGACUCUACCCUCUCUGAUCAUUCGCUCUUUGACACCUCCAAGACACAGACAAUAACACCCUCCAGACUGGCAGGAGGACCAGGUAACACCUCCCAGGAGGAACCAAAAAAGGCCAUCAGAGAGAUCUGUAAAGAACAUCCAGCUACUUCUACGACCAGAGAAACCAAUUGCAGCAGUCUGAGGGUCAGCGGGGAGCCUGGCGACCAAGAACGAAGCCAAUCAGAAUGCCUGGUGCCGUCCAGGGCUUCAAGCCACCUCCAUGGUCUGGCUGAGACGCAUACAUCCACACAUCACCACGAGUCCGUGAAUGCAAUCGAUGACAAUCCUUGGGCUGGUCAGACAGAGCAGAGCAUGAAGCCGGCCUACCUCCCUGUUCACAGGAGCCACUCAGACACUUUACCUCUGGUUCAACAGGGAGUGGCCCCCCGGGCUCCAGUCAGCGGGACUCGUGCACCUGCUUACUACGGUGGAGAAAAAAGUAGCCAACAGGCCCAGACUCACUCCAUGUUAGCCUGCAAGCAGCCCAUGCCGCUGCAGCAGUGCAGCAUCAUCACCACCAUUUGCAGAGGGGCCAUCAGCGAAGAAGGUGGUGCACAGCAGCCUCAGACCAGGUGUGUCUGUGUCUCGUCGCCCAAGGCAGAACCCAAAGUGCAGGGUGUUGGAGAAACGGGUCCUUUUCCCCCUAAAUGUAACAAGACACUCUGCUAUGGCUGUUACAACCAUCAUGUCAAUUUUGAGGACACAUUCGCUGCCUACUGUCACCCCCAGCCCAUCCCAGCCCCCUCUCAGCUGCUGCACCGCCCGGCCGGCAUAGAGCCAGACUGUGACAUCCAGGAUGCGGUGGCACCUCCUUCAGCGACGAACCACCUCACCCUACCUCGCCUCAUCUCCUCUGUUAGUGAGACGGGCCUGGAUGCCAAACACCUGCUGCGGUGCUGCAACCUCAACUGCUCUUGGAUCAGCUUGCUGCCUCCUGGUGCUGGGCCACAGUCCCAAAAACACUUUGGUGGUGAAGAGUGCUGCAUCAGUCCCGUUAGCCAUUUCAGAACCAUAACUCGGGAAGCGGGGACUAUGACGGCCCACAAAGUGCUGAGGGAUGUCGGGGUGCAGACAGGACAUAUUGUCACGCCCCAUGUGUUCCCCCAGAUCUGCCUGGCAGAGGAGAGCAGGACGUCCUGCAGCCAGACUCUCAAGAAGCCAGGCGGUGCUCCCAAGUCGCCAGUAAAGGAGGUGAAGUGGGAUGCAGAAGGGAUGACGUGGGAGGUGUACGGGGCCUCUGUGGACCCGGAGGAGCUGGGCGUGGCCAUCCAGAAACACCUGGAGAUGCAGAUCAAGGAGACAGCGAGCCAGGCGGCCAAGCUGUUGCGUCAGGACACCAACGUCUCUCAGCAGGUCGGGAACGCCGGCUGUCAGAGAAAGAGGAGCAGGAUGAUGAGCUCCAUCCGAACCCCCGCCUGCUGCACUCGCAGCACUACAACUGUAGACUAACGGGACAUGGGUAAGGCUAGUCUCAGCCCAUGGAAGAUAGAAUAAUCUGCAUACCAGAACCAAUGGAAAAGCUUGUUAUGAAAUGACAUUUAAAGAUUUGUGGUUUGAAAAGAGGAAAAAGAAAAAGCGCUGAGAAGGAAGCAAAUGAUGAACUAACAGCGGUGUUAUAUUUCAUCAUUUGAUGUCUAAUGGUUCAACGUUUCAACUAUUGGAAUCAUGAUUCCUGCAGCUGUGCACUGCCAGUGUUUUCAGAGGGCAGUGCAACCAAACCCUCUUAAUCCCUGCUUCGCCGCCUCCUCCCUCUCCCAUCCCCACCACUUUGUGGGUUUGGUGUGCCUCCGCCUGGCUGACUGGGGCUCCACAUGGUGUUUGGCCUCUUGAGUGACAUGCGCUGACACAUUGCAGGGGAUGCUUUAUCUGACAUUCCAGUCUACGGCCACUGAAACAGCCAUAGAGUCCAAUUCACCCCUUUCUUCACAAAGCAUCACCACAUGAUACUAAAACAUCAGCCUUCUAUUGAUACGAUGCUGGAGAGUGGGGUUUUGUGACAUGUUUUUAAAUGGCACACAGCAGUAACAUGUCAUAAUCAGUAGUGGCUUAUAUAUGCCUAGGGUGAGUGCUACCUGAAGAACAGCAAAGCACUGGUCACUUCUCAAUCCUGAGGCUGCUGUACUUUAUGUAUUCAUGGCUCUGGCACCAGCUCAUAAUCUACAGCAGUCUUUCCCAAACAAUGGGUCGGGACCCUCAGGUCGGUUGCAGGAGAUUUUAUUUGGGUCGUCAAAUAAAUGAACAGAAUUUCAUCCAUAGUCUUUUAUUUACACAUUUCUAUCUACAGUACACCUUUGAGUGUUUGUAGUAUUCUGAUAAUUAGCCUACUUAAAUAAUAUGAAAGGCUAGCAUACGUUUUGUUUGUUUAAUUGAUGACAGGGGGAAAAGGUUCUGUUAACACAACCUAAAUGCAUAUCGUUUAACUGAUGAGAGGAAAUGAAAAGAAUGACAUUGCGAGUUGUGAUUUUUCAAACAUAUAACUUUUCUAAAUAUCUGCUUUACCUCUUCAAGAUGAUAUAUGGUGAUGUGGAAAUGGCAAUUAUUAGGACUGUUCAUUUAUACACAAAUUUGCUUUUCUCACAUUUGUUUGAGAAAUGAGUCCCUAGAAAGCAGGUUUGGGAAGCACAGAUCUACAAUAACACAUUAGUAUUCAUUGUGGGGUGAAAUGAACACUGCAGCCUACUUUAAUCAUGUUUAUAUGAUCCAGACAAGCCUCUCCACUUCCUUGUCACAACUGUGUAACUGAUGUUAAUGUAAUACAGCAAAGCAUCAGCAAAGCAUCAGCAGAUAAAUUGCCCAGUCAAGUAUCAGAAACACCGGUAAUGGAAAAUACAUAAUUUAGGUGGUAUGAAAUCAGUAAAUCAAACUGUUUCACUUCAUAGAGCAAAGACAAUAGAGCUCCUGACCCGAGCCACGCAGUACACCACUGUGGGAUUCAUCAGUGUCAUCUAUGAAUGAAACAGAGACUAAGAAGGAAACGUGACUGUGCAUUAAGUGUCUAACACACUGUGAAACACAAGCAUGUGCUGCAGUAUUCCUCCUGCUGCUGAAGAAUCCUGUUUUACAGACUUCUCCGUUCCUGAUGCCAUAACUUUUUUUAUUAGAAAGAAACCCUUGAAUAAUGAAACAUGUGAAGGGUGAGGUUAUCAGAUUUUAUUUUGUGUAAAACGUAAAGAUGUUUUAGUUUACUAUAUAUAUCAUACUUCGGUAUACUGUAUCUUAAUGAUUUACAGAUAUAUCGUCUUCAUUUUUGUGAAACAGACAUUGAAUGUAUUUCUGCUUUCUCCAGUGAUCUUCAGCUCCAUUAUUCAUAUUUCCUUUCUGUUUGUUUCCACUUGUGUCUAGUUAAAUCCAUUGCCAGAGGUUAUGUGACGUCAUCAACUCUGUUGUGUCAGUUCAGUGUAAAGCUUUUGCAAACAGACUGGAUUAAAGGCCCAGACACACCAAA